GCAUUUCCAAACAGAACCCAAAAUGGUGCCUGAAGAAGCGAAAUCCAUCAACUCGUUCAUUCGGUUUUUACCUUCACCGACAUAACUUGAAAAUCAAUAGAAUGGCGGACGCAGCUCCAGCCCGUGGUGGUUUCCGUGGAGGAUUUGGUUCUCGUGGCGGUCGUGGUGGACGUGGUCGCGGUCGCGGUCGUGGCCGUGGACGUGGUCGUGGAGGCAAGGAAGACUCCAAGGAGUGGGUUCCAGUAACCAAAUUGGGUCGCCUGGUGCGAGAUGGAAAAAUCCAUUCAUUGGAAGAAAUCUAUCUUUACUCAUUGCCCAUUAAAGAGUUCGAAAUCAUCGAUUUCUUUGUUGGUACUGCACUUCGUGAUGAAGUAUUAAAGAUCAUGCCUGUUCAGAAGCAGACCCGUGCCGGUCAACGUACACGUUUCAAGGCAUUCGUUGCCAUUGGUGACAACAACGGACACAUUGGUCUUGGUGUUAAGUGCAGCAAGGAAGUAGCAACCGCUAUUCGUGGUGCCAUCAUCUUGGCAAAAUUGUCUGUCGUUCCCGUACGUCGUGGCUACUGGGGUAACAAGAUCGGUAAACCCCAUACCGUGCCCUGCAAAGUGACUGGCAAGUGUGGUUCAGUUAGUGUACGUUUGAUCCCAGCUCCUCGUGGUACUGGUAUUGUAUCAGCCCCCGUUCCCAAGAAGUUGCUUACUAUGGCUGGUAUUGAAGAUUGCUACACUUCAGCUCGUGGUUCAACUGGUACUCUUGGUAACUUCGCAAAGGCUACUUACGCCGCCAUUGCCAAGACCUACGCUUAUUUGACUCCUGACUUGUGGAAAGAGAUGCCUUUGGGUGCUACCCCCUAUCAGGAAUUCGCCGACUUCUUGGCUGAGAAACCAGGAAGUGCUGCUCGUCACCAAGUUGAAGCUUAAUAAGUUUUAAUAAAGAGAACCAUUAUAUUAAAAAAAAA